AAUACGUCAUUCGAAUGGCCACCUGACUGUAAACAUUCAAGGUUAUGGUUGCGCUUAUGUAGUUUAUGUAGUAAUGGGAUCAUAUCUAACAAGAAUCCGUUGGUUAGUCGCCGUCUGACAGGAUGCAUAUUGUUGAUUUUGUGUCUGGUUCCAUAGCAGGGGCUUGUGGAGUUGCUGUGGGUUAUCCUCUGGAUACUGUCAAGGUUCGGAUUCAAACCCAGAAACAGUUCACUGGGGUAUGGCAGUGUACGGUGGCAACGUUUUCAAAGGAAGGGGUCCAGGGAUUCUUCAAAGGCAUGUCCUUUCCCCUGACCACAAUUGCUAUGACUUCCUCUGUGAUAUUUGGCACAUACAGAAACUGCCUGCAGUGUUUGAGCCAUGUGCGAGGGGGAGUAGACUGUGGGCCAAACACCAAGCUGGAAGUCUUUCUCGCUGGUUUGGCCUCAGGGGUGACUCAGGUAUCAGUGAUGUCCCCAGGUGACAUAGUGAAAACACGUCUUCAGUGUCAGACACAUUCCAAGCGAGGGGAAACCAUAUCCAAGGCCAAGUACCACGGUCCAGUUCACUGCCUGAUGAGCAUUAUCAAGCUGGAGGGCUUCAUGGGGCUCUACAGAGGAGCUCUCCCGCUCAUGCUGAGAGACGGGCCAUCGUACGCCAUGUACUUUUUGGUGUAUACCACUAUCUGUGAAUGGCUGACAGACAAAAGCAAAAAACAACCAGAUUGGGGCGUUGUGAUGCUGGCUGGAGGGGUAGCGGGGAUGGCAGGCUGGACUGUGGGAACCCCAAUGGAUGUGAUUAAAGCCCGUCUGCAGAUGGAUGGAGCCCGAGAGGCCAAGCGCUACAAAGGUUUCUUCCACUGCGUCACCGAGACGGCUCGUGCCGAAGGAGCCGGGGUUUUCUUCAGGAGCCUAGGCAUUAACUGUGUGCGAGCCUUCCCCGUCAACAUGGUCGUGUUUGUUACAUACGAGGUGCUCAACAGUUUCCUCCGCGGAGGACCGCGCCGCACUGACCCACCUCUGUUACGUCUUGAAUAAUAGAAAUCUAAUUAAUCCUAAUUUUAAUACUAAAGGUGUUCAGAUGAGAAGGUUUUGAGUUAGUGAUAACAUUGGAGUUGUCUGUUACACACGUAAAAUCAGCCAGACUGGGAAAAAAAAUGCUAAUAAGCUCAGGUGUCAUUUUAUCAUAAUAGGAACUGCUGGUAGAAGAGACGGGAUGUGCCUCUUUGAGGCCACUAGAUGGCAUUACUGGCUAACAUAUAACCCUUUUAUCUAUUUUACAAUGACGAGACUUCUGAGACCAUCAGGACCAGGACUGGUCAGUACCAAUAAAUGCCUUAAAUGCAGAAUUGAUGGAUGAGCUGUAUUACGCACAAUAGCGAUUGGCGACAUUAAGGUCAUGCAUUUAAUUAAUGUCCACUGUAAAAUGGCACAGCUGGCCAUAAUAUAUCAAACAUUAUUAUUAUUAUUAUUAUUAUUAUUAUUAUUAUUUUUUUUUUUUUAAUUAUUUUUUUUUCAUUAUUAUCCUGUAUCAGGAUAAGAAUGUUCUGCAUAUCUCUGCAAACAUACCGUAUCUGCUGUUUGCCCAACAAUGAAAUGAUCAAACAAAGUCCACAUUAGUGCAGCUAAGACAUUUGUAUCCUGCCGUCUUGUAAUAGGUAACAAUCGUAGGUUCACUACUUCUACUGAUGUGCAAUGUGAGCGUGUAAGAUACAAAUCAUGUUUGCUGUAAUUUGUUUAUGUAAUAUUGGGGAAAUUAAUCCUUCCAUACAUAAGGGUAGUAAGAGCUGUGCUAAGUUUUGCUGCAUGAAUAUAAUAUAUAAUAUUUAAUUCUAACUCGUCACUGCUCCACUUUACUUUAAGCUUGUUUUCUUUAAGUUAUGCAGAAUGGUGUAUUUGCAGCUCUAAUGAUGACCUAAUCCUGGUUACUAUUACUAUUAACUAUUCCUUCCCUGCUCUGUAUUAGAGUAUGAAGUACUAUGAUAAUUAAUGCACAUUGUCAUCUGUGAAUGUAAAAGGGUGCAUGGCCAUGGCUACAGUGGGAUGACUUGUACUGUACAUUAAUUUGAUGCUAUGAUCAGCUGUGGGGGCAUUAGACACAUCAUCACGUCUGAACAUGCCAAUAAUAACCUGUUGACGUGAGUCGAGAUGAUUCGUGUGCGACUUUGUCUUCUCUGUGAAUCUGUGCUGCCAUCUAGUGGUUGGGGACGAGAUCACAACCAAAGUCAUCACAACCUGUGUUGACGUGUGACUGUUACGUACAUACUGUUCAUUUAUAAGACUGCAGCAUGCUGUAAUUAGCUUGAAAAUAUAAAUACACAUGUUGUCACCUGAGUCUGGAGUAUCGAUAAAGUGAUUAUGAAAUGUACAUCAUGUGCUUUUUAAAAAUUAAAACAUAUCAGAUUCA